UCUUUAUUGUCUCUCGCUGUAUACCUGGCGGUCUUCGUUGAUGCCAAGAAUGUGCGGUCUCCAUCUCCGCCAAUGGGCUGGAACAGCUAUAACUACUACGGGUGCCGGCCCUCCGAGGACAUCAUGGUAUCGAACGCCCAGGGACUUGUCGAUCUCGGGUUGGCGGACCUUGGCUAUACUUCUGUCACGACGGAUUGUGGUUGGCCGUCGAGGGAUCGUGACUCGGAAGGUCGAAUCCAAUGGAAUGAGACCUUGUUUCCCUCCGGAGGUCCAGCGCUGGGCCAGUUCAUCCAUGGGCUGGGUUUGGAGUUUGGCCUCUACUCUGGGGCUGGAUAUCUGCAGUGUGGGUCAACUGAUCUACCUGCUUCGCUGGGAUAUGAGGAAAUCGACGCUGAAACGUUUGCCGAAUGGGGAGGAGACUCGUUGAAAUAUGACAACUGUUACCCUGUGUCGAACACCACCAUGGUGGACUAUGUGUCCAAGGAGUCGAUAUCCCCUGCUCGCUUCGAGAAGAUGGCGGGCGUCUUGGACACCAUCGACCGCGAUAUGCACUAUUUUGUCUGCCAAUGGGGCGUGGGGUAUGAUGUUGGUGAAUGGGCAUCUGCCAUCGGAACCACCUGGAGAAUCAGCAACGACAUCUUUAACGCCUGGCGUAGUAUUUGGCGCAUCGCCAACGAAGUAGUGCCUUACUACAGGCACACCACCGUCGGGGCUUUCCCCGAUAUGGAUAUGCUCAUCGUUGGCCUGAAAGCUCUCUCUGUUGAAGAAGAACGCUUCCACUUCGGCAUGUGGGCCAUCAACAAGUCUCCGCUCAUCAUCGGCGCUCGAAUGGACGCGCAGCACACUCCGCAAGAAUCCCUGGACAUCUUGGCCAAUGAGGUGGUAAUCGCAAUCAACCAAGAUCCUCUCGGAAAGCAGGCGGAACUCGUUCGUCGGUACACCGAGGAAGAAUGGGACAUAUGGGCUGGAGAGCUCUCUGGCUCGCGAAAAGUCUUGGGUAUCGCUAAUUGGAGAAACGAUUCACAGACAGUGGAGGUUGAUUUGAGUGCCGUUGGGGUCGCAUCCGCCAAGGCCCGGGACGUCUGGGCAGCAACGGAUUUAGGAAGUAUCGAGGAAAUCCACACGGUGGAAUUGUCUGGCCACGAACUAAAGCUCCUUGUUCUAUCUGAUAUUAAGGCGUCCAGGCCUCUAGAGUCAAAGGGUUACUACUCAGCCGCCAACGCCUCCAUUGCCGGUUCAGCAGAAAUAACAGACUGUGACAGCGGUGACUGCCUGCCCGUUGGCCAAAAGAUUGGCAACAUUGGCUCUGGCUCGACUGUGACUUUCAGCUCCGUGAACGCCUCAAGCGCCGGGAGCAAAGUGCUUGGGGUGGACUUCAUCAACUAUGAUAUUGCCCUUGACACGGCAUGGGAUAACGGAUUCAAUAUCAGAAAUAUGACCAUAGCUGUUAACGGUGGUGUAUCGAAGCGGUGGGCAUUCCCGAUUUCCGGAGGCGACUGGUUUGAGACGGGGCGGUUGACGAUUGAGUCUGACGGCUUUGAAAAGGGUGCCGAGAACGAGGUUGUGUUUGGCAAUGUGGGGGAUGCUUGGGCUCCUGAUCUUGUGGGAUUUGAAUUGUUUUGAUCUUGUUAAUCUUCAAAUCAUCCAAGUCAAUGACAUUGUUUAUGGAGUCGGGUAUGCCGAUUUGGUGCCCACAUCAU